GGGACUUCUGGUCAACGUCUUCCGCUGGCCGCCGGAAGGGGAAGUUUCGCCUUCGAACGCUCCCUCGCUCGUCCGAAUUCGGUGGCGCCACGUCCGCCCAUCUCCGCCUUCUUAUCCGUGGCUUGGGCGGCUUCUGCCUCGACACCUUCCACUCACGGGGCGGGCCGUGUCGUGAGGGGCCAGGGACGGGGAGUCGGGCGGCUGUGCGCAUUCUGGCCACUUAAAAGGCGAAGAUGUCGGAUAUCGGGGACUGGUUCAGGAGCAUCCCGGCCAUCACGCGCUAUUGGUUCGCCGCCACUGUCGCGGUGCCCUUGGUCGGCAAACUCGGUCUCAUCAGCCCGGCCUACUUCUUUCUCUGGCCCGAAGCCUUCCUCUAUCGCUUCCAGAUUUGGAGGCCAAUCACUGCCACCUUUUAUUUCCCUGUGGGUCCAGGAACUGGAUUUCUUUAUUUGGUCAAUUUAUAUUUCUUAUAUCAGUAUUCUACACGACUUGAAACAGGAGCUUUUGAUGGGAGGCCUGCAGACUAUUUAUUCAUGCUCCUCUUUAACUGGAUUUGCAUCGUGAUUACUGGCUUAGCGAUGGAUAUGCAGUUGCUGAUGAUUCCUCUGAUCAUGUCAGUACUUUAUGUCUGGGCCCAGCUGAACAGAGACAUGAUUGUGUCAUUUUGGUUUGGAACACGAUUUAAGGCCUGUUAUUUACCUUGGGUUAUCCUUGGAUUCAACUAUAUCAUCGGAGGCUCGGUAAUCAAUGAGCUAAUUGGAAAUCUUGUUGGACAUCUUUAUUUCUUCCUAAUGUUCAGAUACCCGAUGGACUUGGGAGGAAGAAAUUUUCUUUCCACGCCUCAGUUUUUGUACCGCUGGCUGCCCAGCAGGAGAGGAGGGGUGUCAGGAUUCGGUGUGCCCCCUGCUAGCAUGAGGCGAGCUGCGGACCAGAACGGCGGAGGCGGGAGACAUAACUGGGGACAGGGCUUUCGGCUUGGGGACCAGUGAAGGAGCGGCCUCGGGCCGGCCCACCAGCCACUCCGCUCAGAUGAAGUUUCCUCCCAGUGCUGGGUGUGCUUAACAACCGAGUUCUAGCAAACGCUGUUGGACCUGACCCACACUGAAUGUAGUCUUUCAGUACAAGACACAAUUUUUUAAAUCCUGAAGAAAAAUAUAAGUGUUCCUCAAGUUUCGUGAUUCUCAUUCAAGUCCUUACUGCUAGGAAGAACAAAUAUCAACUGUGCAAAUUUCAGAACUGACUAUAUUUUUCUGGUGUCUUCUCUUCCUUUUCUGUCUGAAUAUUGGGUUUUGACAGGUCCCGGUCUGCUGGCGCCAAGCAGGGCAUGUGGGGUUGGGUCACCAAACCCUUGACAAAGGGACUCUUAACCUCUUUCUCGCACACACGCCUCCCCCCUUCUUUUCCCAACCCCCGCAUUUGCAGCUAGAGGAGGUUGCCCAUAAAAUGGUUCUGCCUGUGACAAGCUCUCUUAUUUAUUGACUUCUGCCAAGGCUUGGUCACAAAGAACUUGUCCACCAUGUUCCCCCCUUUGGUGGCAGAACUAUAACAAUAGGGGAGAAGACUGGACCAGCGGAUGGAGAGCUUCGUCAGCUUUUGGAAUUGCUGUGACCUGAUGUCAGGUGCAACCAUUUGCCACCUGUACAGAUGUUUCUUAUAACAAAAAAAGCGCCACUGUGUCAGCCAGGGCCGCAGAUUGGGGUCAAUGAGGCAUGAGGGUGGUUGCUAGGCAUUUUUUUUUUUUCCUUAAGUGAAGUGAUGAAAAUUAUAGUGGAGCUGCAGGGGGGCUAGGUGUGA